GAUCAGAAGUUUGAAUAAAUUCCACAGGCAGAGAUGGCUGCAGUGGGGGCUGAGGACAACAACUCGGAGGUCAACUGCUCUGCAGGAGAAAAGGAUCACAAAGCAGCAAGUCAGCCAGAAGGGCCCAAACUGGAGACUGCCCUCCAGAUCUACCAACCUGGAAACAGUCACACUGAUAACCUCACUGCUAUGGAUACAUCUGAGCCCCCCCAAAAAAAGACAAAGCAAAACAAUGAGUCGGGAAAAGAAACCAAAGGAUCCAGGGCUGAGAAGUUGAUGAAAUGUCCAGAGUGUCAAGCUGGGAUUUCUCCAUCUGUCACGUUCUGUAAGCAGAAAAAUGACCAGUGUGAAUUCAAUAUUGGUCUGCACCAGGACAAUGGAGAUGACCACACUGCCUGGUUCGAGGACAAGUUAACCUUCACAGAACAGUCUCCUCAGGCUCCUCAGGUUCCCAAGAACAAGGAAUGUCCUAAAUGUAAACACAGUUUUCCUGUAAAGCACAGUGUUGCUAGCAGGACUAAUACGAUGGGUGGAUUCGACAUUAAAUUGUCCAUCAAUAUUUCUAAGGAGGACAAGCUGGAAGGUGAGACUGUUGGGAUGGAGCAAGAUGACGGGGAUGAGAGAUCUUCAGAAAAGUCAACAGGAAGUAACACUGAUGACCCUCCUACAUGGAGUCGUCUGAGAGAUGGUUGGUCUAAUCUGACAGAUAAACUACCUACUCUAGCGAAACCUGAGCAAUCAAAUCAAACCACAAACAGUGAAAGGCGGUCUUUUUCCAGCCAUUUCAAACCUCCAGCCCCAGUGGUGAAGGUUCACUAUAUUUCUACCAGUGAUACGUUUGGUGCUGAUACUGCUAUAAUGAAACAAUUGAAGAACAACUUAAAGUCAUCAGUACAGUUGGAAGAAACAACCAGGAAGAACUGCAGCAUCAUCAUUGUCUUCUGUCCAGUCAGUCGCAGUUAUGAAUCAGAAGUAAAGUCUGCCAUGGAAAAGGAAGCAGUCUCAUCAUCUGGUAAACCAUUCAUUGUGGUUCUGAUGCAUCACACCAGAGACCCGGACUAUUCCACUGCAGGAUGUGACGUCUCUGAAGUGCUGAAAAAUGUGUUAUAUGUCCAUGUUUUUUACCAUGAGACUAAACCAGGAUUACUGAAAUGUUCACAAAAUGACACGGCAAUCAAGUUAAUUGAAGACGUACUUCUCUGCCAGACAUAGAGAGCUUCUGCUUUUUAUCAGUUUUGUUUUAAGUACUUUAAUUUAUCGACACCUUUCAGCAGAGACCACAAUUGCAUAUUUGAUGAUGGAAUAAAAGAGGGAAAUCUAGAUCUAAAAUUACUGAUCUUCUGACUGUAAACAGCAUUUUUUCCUUCCAGUUAUCUUCAAUUCUGUGUUUUCUGAAUGCUUAGUUCUGACAGAAUGUAUUAUAUAGCGAACUACAAGUUUGUUCUGAUUCUACGGAGGUUUAAGGCCGAAACUAAUCGGCAAUAAAAGAAAACAAGAACAGAAGAUAAACAGGAAAUGUUCCUCAACUUCAUGCUGUUAGGCUGCAGUCAGCUUCCUGUUUGCUGAAUGAACUUCCUGUGAUGUAAUCCUACUCCUCUGCUCAAACCCUUUCCUACAGAAGGUUCCAAUGUUUUCCUCAACCUCAAAUUGAGAAACUUUAAAUGUUAUGCAGCUAUGAAAAAUAAACAAAUGAACGUUGUAGAAAUGUAACAUGUAAAUGUUCUACCGGAUUAAGAUGGUGAAUCUUAAUCCGUAUCUUGUAUUAAUUUUCAUUACAGAUGUUGUUACUGGAACAAACCACCAAUAAGUGUCACAUUUAAUGUUCAUUGGUUUGAUUUCUACACCUUCACUGUAAGACAAAAAUAUUGCUGAAUAAAACAGAAGAAUUUACUGUUUCAUUUA